GUUCUUACUCGGUCGACGGUCUGAGUGGUGGAUUAAUCUCUCGAUAACGAAAUUUAAUAAUACAUUUUUUAUUUAUUUUGGAAAUUCAUGGCUGAGAUUCGACUUCGUCACCAAACACUUUGGUAAUUUUAAUACGAACAAGCGAAAACAAAGUCGGGUCCUUUCUUCUUCUCUGUUCAGAUUCACAAAGUUUGCAAUCAAAAACAAGUCUCUGGUUUCGUUUGGAUCCGUAAAAAAGAGAUGUUAUUCAGGAGGGGUAUUUCACGGAUCUCUUCCAAGUUUCUGAGAAACCGCAGCUUCUCUCAAUCUCUUCUCGCUUCUCAUCGCCUCUCAAUCAUCGUCCCCGGACAGGAGGGUCAUCACUCUUGUUCCGACUCUACACUCAAGGGUUACGUUUGCAGAGGAACUACUUAUUCAUUCAAAUCUCCCUUUUUUGGUGGUGCUGGGUUUACACAUCAUCAUCAUCUCUAUCACCACAGCAGCUCAGCAGUUGAGGAGGAGCUCGACCCGUUUUCCCUUGUGGCCGAUGAGCUCUCACUUCUUAGUAAUAAGCUGAGAGCCAUGGUUGUUGCCGAGGUUCCGAAGCUUGCCUCUGCGGCUGAAUACUUCUUCAAAAGGGGUGUGGAAGGCAAACAGUUUCGUCCAACUAUUUUGCUGUUGAUGGCGACUGCUCUGAAUGUACGCGUACCAGAGGCAUUGGCUGCUGAAUCAUCAGAUAUUAUCUCAUCAGAGUUACGCGUAAGGCAACGUGGUAUUGCUGAGAUCACCGAAAUGAUACAUGUUGCAAGCCUCUUGCACGAUGAUGUCUUGGAUGACGCUGAUACAAGGCGUGGUGUUGGUUCCUUAAACUUUGUUAUGGGUAACAAGAUAUCGGUAUUAGCAGGAGACUUUUUACUCUCUCGGGCUUGUGUGGCUCUUGCUGCUCUAAAGAACACAGAGGUUGUAUCGUUGCUUGCAACUGUUGUAGAACAUCUUGUUACCGGUGAAACCAUGCAAAUGACUAGCACAACCGAUCAGCGUCAUAGUAUGGACUACUACAUGCAGAAGACAUACUAUAAGACGGCAUCACUAAUCUCAAACAGCUGCAAAGCAGUUGCUUUACUUGCUGGACAAUCAGCAGAAGUUGCCAUGUUAGCUUUUGAAUACGGGAAGAAUCUGGGCUUGGCAUUCCAAUUGAUAGACGACGUUCUUGACUUCACUGGCACAUCUGCCUCUCUAGGAAAGGGAUCCUUAUCAGACAUCCGCCACGGGAUCAUAACAGCUCCAAUCCUAUUUGCCAUGGAGGAGUUUCCACAACUACGCAAAGUUGUUGGUCAACUUGAAAAAGAUCCAACGAAUGUUGACGUUGCUUUAGAGUAUCUUGGGAAAAGUAAUGGAAUACAAAGGACAAGAGAGUUAGCUAUGGAACAUGCUAAUCUCGCAGCAGCAGCGAUUGGGUCUCUACCUGAAACAGACGAUGAAGAUGUCAAAAGAUCGAGGCGGGCACUUAUUGACUUGACACAGAGAGUCAUUACCAGAAACAAGUGAGGAUAAAGAAAAGGUCCCUCUCUCUCUAUAUACAGCAAUGUCGUUAUAACAUGACGAGAAUGUUUCAAUUUCAUUACAUUCCAUUUGUAGGAUUUUGUGUUUGUACAACUCGUUUCACAAAAUAAUUUGUUGUUGGUUUUCAUUAUAAACAACAUCCAAGGAAAAAUAGAGACGGUAGACACUACUUGUCUGAUGAUUCCCA